GGUAGCUUCGGUCGUAGCGACGACAUGGAGGCGUCCAAGGGAAGAGGAGCCGCCUCCGACCAGCAGGCGAGGAAAGGGCCCAUCCGAUACACCGGCAUAGUGAUAGCAUUGGACUCAAAAUACCUGGGGAUCACAUCGAAAGAGCAUGCGCUGAGCAAACAAGACGAGAUGUCGACCAUGAUCGCUCACGCCUUGCAGUGCGAGGAGCAGUGUCAAACAGAUCAGAUCAUGGUCAAGGCGGAAGACGACGCCAUUCUUGUCACGAUGCUCGAUGCUGUCGGCCCUUCCGCCAAGUCAGCCAAGGUUUUGAGCCAGGAGCUGCUGAUGCAAGCCUUCAACCCGAUGAGCGAACUCUACACGGUAGCCAAGGAGCUGUUCAAGGAGAAGAGAGGGGCGAGGAGUGAGGUCAAGGCAAGCCAGUCAGCGUCCAUGCUCGUGGAGAAGUCAGAGUUGGAUCAACUCUCUCAGCUCAUGAAAGACGCGACUAGUCUCUCCUCCUUGAUCGAGCUUGAAGUCAAGGAGCUGCGAAGUCAGCUGGGUUCAUCUGUAUUUCAGGCGAAUGGAUCUCAAAACGCUCAUCAUGGUUCUGAUCUGCAGUCAAAGCUCUUGGAGUUUGAGAACGAAACAGACGUCAUGAAGAGGCUCGAGAGUCUUCGUGAGGUUUCUCAUCAACAGAGUCAGCAUCGCGCUACCAUCUUGUCCCACUUCGAGCGAGCUCUGGCCGACACUCAAGCUGACCUCAAGGCAAAGUUCGCUCGCACGCCAGAUCAUCAUGGCGACCGGACGCAGGAGAAGUUUGCAUACUUCUCUGAUCCGCGACACAACUCCAAGCAUGAGACUUACCCGUCAUUCUUCAGCUCACCGUCCGUGUCAAACAUCUCGAGCAUUCGAAGGCGCCCCUGGAGCACAGUAGAGGAAAGCAGCGAGCGGCAAAUCUUGAAGGCCAAGUUGCCGUUCCGCACCGAGUGGGAGCACCAGCAGGACCUGGCUGAUAUCAAGCAGAAGCUAGACGAGGUCAUUCCCUCCUCUAGAUUCCACGACCGAUCGCAGAAAGAUUCCAAAGACACGAGGCCGUCCAAAGAUCCACAUCGUGACCCCUUGCCUGAUGAGAAGCAGGAGGAUACACAGGACGAUUUCUUGCAAGUAGUCGAUGAACGCGUCUCCAAGCUUCUAGGAGCUCUUGACUCAGUGCGAAAGUCUCUCUCCCCUUCCAAAUGA